AUGGGAGCCUACGUCAUAAACACCGCCCAUCACAUCGACCAUCUACCACCACCACCUGCCGUCGUCACCACCCGCCACCAACUUCUGCCAACCACCACCACCACCGUCCUCAGCUGCCUGUCGCCGCCUACACCGCCAUCGACCACCACCGCUGCCACCCGCCAUCGCAAACCACCGCCAUCGACCACCACUACCGCCACCCUCUGCCGACCACCACCACCAUCCUCCGCUGCCACCAACCGCUACCGUCACCACCACCACCCAUCGGCGUCGCUGCCCCCACCACCCGUCGCCACCACCAUCGACCACCAUCGCCGCCACCCGCCACCACCGACCACCGCCACCCCGACCACUACCGCCACCCUCCGCCGGCCACCACUACCACCCUCCGCGGCCACCUCCUGCUAUCGUCGACCACCACCACCCACCGUCGUCGUCGCCACCACCAUCGAUCACCAUUGCCGCCACCCGCAACCACCGAACACCGCCACCCUCCGUCGACCACCACAACCAUCCUCCGCGCCCACCACCCGCUACUGUCGACCACCACCCAUUGUUGCCGCCACCACCAUUGCUCCCACUUGCCACCGCAGACCACCGCCAACCCCGCCCAUCGCCGCCACCACCGCUAACACCCGUCACCCACCGACCACUGCCACCGACCACCGCUACCACCGACCACCGCCACCCAUCACCGCCACCGCCACUAGCCGCCACCGAUCACCGCUACCACCCAUCGCCGAUUUAAUUCAUUCCUCAUUUCUUACCUACCAAAUAACACAAGGUAAUGAUUUAUUCCUUUCCUGCAUGGUAACCAAACAAGACUAUGGAAUGGAAUGA